CAGCCACAAAGAUGGCUGCUUCUUCUUCUUCUUGCGCCUGUACACUUUGAUGUUCCCAUCAAUGUGGCACACAAGGUUGGAUGGAUACACAAAGAUAUUGUUGACAAAAGAUGACCCACCACCUGAGCUACCCUCCUAUCCAAAUGAAGUAGAAGAUCCACCAUACUGUCCAUACCCACCACCAUAUCCAAAUAAACCGGUGUUCUUGAAGGAUAGCAAACAAGUUAUGGGCAAAGUUGAAGGACAGGGUGAAUCAUGGCAUGGCCAUGUGACUGCAGUGACUGUCGCUCCAGAAUUCCGGAGGCAGCAAUUAGCCAAGAAACUGAUGCACUUGCUCGAGGACAUCAGUGACAAGAUUGAUAAGGCUUAUUUCGUUGAUCUCUUUGUGAGGGCAUCAAAUACUCCAGCCAUAAAGAUGUACGAAAAGCUUGGAUAUGUAAUCUAUCGACGGGUAUUACGUUAUUACUCUGGGGAGGAAGACGGGUUAGAUAUGAGAAAAGCGUUAUCUCGAGAUGUUGAGAAGAAGUCCAUUAUUCCCCUCAAAAGACCAGUAACUCCUGAUGAACUGGAGUAUGAUUAACUGUGUAUUCUCAAUAGCUUGUUAACCAAAUUUGAUUAAUGUCUCUAUAUGGGAAAGAUUUGUUGAGUAUUUGCUUCGAGCACACUCACAGGUCGUAGUCUCCACGAAAGUUUGGAGGUUAGCGUGAAAAUGGAAGACUGAAUGUUUCUAACACAAGGAAUUUUGACAAGCCGAGUAGGCAAGUAUCAAAGUGUUGCUGGGUGUUGUAUUAUACCAUUUGGAGAUUUUUCUGGUACCCUGGAUGCAGUUGAACUUUUUUUUUUUUUUUUCCGGGUGGAAGGAUGCAGUAGAACUCUGUUACAGCAUUGACUGGUAAUACUUCAGAUAUAGACAUUAUUAUGUUCAAAGAGUGAUUUGACCACUUUUGAAUGCUUUAGAAAUGUCUUACAUUGACUGA